UGAUGGGUCAUGAGGGAGGGAAUUUUUCCAUUUGGGACUACCAGAAGCAGGAAACUGUGAUGAAGUUGCAGGUCAAUGAGGUGCCAGACAAGACUGCACUCAUGUUCCAUGCCUUGUCUCAGCGCAUCAAAGUGAGGCCUCCCAAACAUUCCGUUUUUUCAGUCAAAUUUAUCUCUGAAAGGAAAUGGUUGGUAGUGGGGGAUGGUCACGGAUACAUCUAUGUCUAUAAUUACACCAACACUAAGCUGCACAUGGUCGACAACUUCAGAGCUCAUGAUAAGAAAUCUGUGAACUCUCUGGCUGCUCACCCAACAGAGCCAUACCUUCUUUCGUCAUCUACUAUUGGUACAAAUAUCAAGGUUUGGGACAAGAGCAAUAAGUGGAAGAUAUUUCAAAAUUUCAACACGAAACCUGAGAUUGCAUAUUACAAUGGUGUGCGCAGUGUCAAGUUGAAUCCAAGGGAUACCAACACUUUUGCUUGUGUUACCCGUUAUGACGGAGUAAAGGUUUGUUAUAGCCUCUUCCUUUCCUAAGUCCUCGUACGGUGUGCAUGUUGUAGUUCAUGAAUAAUCAACAAAUUCAGUUAUUUCGGUAGUUAUUUGUAUAUUUGAUGUUAAAAGAUGUCUUCACUGCAUGAGAUUUAUAGGUCGGGAGCAUCAAACCUUCCAGUCUUGAAACCACACUGACGGGGUCAUUCGUCAUGGCCGAUUAUUUGUUCACUCGCGGUGAUGAGCACUUGAUGGUUACUUUGAGAUUUGACUCGCACAUCUCUGAGGUGAAGAAUAUUAAGCAUUAAUGAUUGUUUUCAUAACAGGAUUGAUAAUAGUUGUUUGCAUAUAUAAGCCUCAUAAUCUGUGUGAAAAUCAGAUAUGGGAUAUGAAGACACAAAAAGUUGUUCACACUCUUAGCGUGAGUGGGCACAAAACGACCUGGGUUGCUUGCCACCCAAAGCUUCCAAUACAGGUUACAGUGUUAGAUGACGGGACUGUAUGUUUGUGGGAUGCCACUAUCUACAGGUAACUAUA